CCCUAUAUGGGAAAGUAGGUGGUAACCCCGCCACCGUGGUCUGAGCCUCCUCCACCAGGCGGUGUCAGAACGCCUAGGAGGAAGUAGGCAGACAUCUUUGAAUCUUAUGAAGUGAUCAGGACAUAUCUGUCUUUACAGCCCGUGCUGGUAUUAUAAAAUCUGAAUGUUGGACGCAGGCAGAGACUUAUAUCAAAUAAGUAGAUGAUGUCUUUUGCAGUCCCAACGAUCCCAUAAACAACAAUACAUUGUGAACUACAACUUGAACUACAUCUUUCAACAUGCUAAGCGAACUCUCCAAGGUUAAAGACAAGAUCAUGGGGAACAGGAAACCGCCCAAGAAGGAGGAACACGAACCCGUGAAAACCGUCUAUAGGUCCAAUGAUGUGGCCAUUCCACAUCACUUUCUGACAUCCGAUCCCCCUGACGCACAGCCCAUCACACACACGCCCAUUGACUUCAAGGACUCGGUAUUGCCAGAAUUCGCCGGCUGCUACGCCGUCGUCCUCGACAAUGUCCUUAGCCCCUCCGAGUGCGCACAACUGCUACAGCUCGCCGAGGCGAGCGUCAUGGACGAAGACAAACAAGACGGGUCAUCGUGGAGACCAGCACUCGUCAACAUCGGCGGCGGCUACGAGGUCCAGGUCCCCGACUAUCGCAAAAGCAGCCGCAUCAUCUGGGACAACCAGGACAUCGUCGAUCGCCUGUGGGCGCGCAUGGCCGCGUUGCCAGAGAUACGCGAGCAGCUUUCAUCCGUCCCUGGGCUGAAUAUGGACCCGUCGGGCGCGACGGAGAGAAUCAGCCACGACUUCUACAGGGUGAACAAGCGGCUGCGCUUCCUCAAGUAUGUCCCCGGCGAGUUCUUCAAGCCCCAUUGCGACGGGCCGUACGGUGAGCGCUCACCGGAGGGCCACCUGGUGCAGACGUAUAUGACUGUGCAUCUGUAUCUGAACGACUCCCAGCAAGUCGCUGGCCCGGGCGUGGACCUUGUGGGCGGUGCGACGACGUUCUUGUCACGGGAUGAGUCCCGCAGGAUUGAUGUCGAUCCAAAAGCAGGCCGAGUCCUCAUAUUCCAACAUUCUAGGUUGAGACAUUGUGGUGAUGAGGUGAAGGCCGGCACCAAGUAUACUGUCAGAACAGAUAUCAUGUACAAGAUAACUGGCCAAGACGAGUUCGCUCUGUAUUGAUUGCAGCCUGCUAUGCGAGCAAUAGCCCAGAGUGUUCAUAUGUAUAUUCAUUUCAUAUUAUGUUACAACGCUUCAUGAUGUAUGAUUACUUCCCCCUAGCGUCUGCGACGUGAAUUGGCAGGCAGUGGCAUCAACCUGCUCUAUGCAAUCUUACUUAUACAAGCUACCAAGUAAACUCCAUUGAGUUAUACUGAGAUGUCCCUAAGAACCUUCAACACCUUACAAUUAGAUUUGUGAUCCAUCUCACCCCAGCCCUUA